CGGCCUGCAGACAAUUCCAUUCCCUUCCAAUGGGAGUCUGGAGACCAAGAGCUGGCCAGCAUCGACUCGGAGCGAGUUUCCACCAUCACGCCUUCAGAAGCUCAGAUUUUCAAGGGCAUUUUCCAUGAAAUCGCCCAAGGGAAAAUGCCACCUGCAAAGAGACGAAGCCCUAUCCGGCAUCUGCAAGAUGGGCUGCAGAAUCAUCAUGAUUCGCCCACGAGCAGUGAUAAGGACAGCCCUGGCUCGGCUCGCUCACUCGUGGAAAAGGCCCGCAUCACGGACUUUCGGGAGAAAUUUCUGAGCCGGUAUCCCAGAUCGCUCCAAAACGCUGCGCAAGUUGCUCUCGGCCUGUAUGAGAUCAAGCCUCGGGAUUCGGAUUCGAACUCGGCACAGGAUGCCCAGAUGAUGGAGCUGGACGGUGCCGAUGAGGCGACAUGGGCGGAGCGCACAGAUCGGGAGCGCGCGAGAAGCGAAGAGUGUGAGAGAGUAGAAGCUCUGAUGAAGGAAUGCAAAACUGAUGCCGAGUUGUGGGGCGUGAUGGAGAAGGAAGUCUUUUCUCUGCCUGAAAAGCUGCAUAUCGCACAGGCAAAGCGGUCAGGAGCCUCCAAGGGCAGAAAAUCCAAGAAGCAAACCGCACUUCUGGAGAGCGAAGAAGAGCAAGCGGCAUCGGAAAUGGCCUCGCAGGACGAGGAGCGCGUCAUGAACAUCCACGGCCCGCUGUAUUCGCGGUUCCUCAGCACGGCCCUCGACCUCUUCGACACGGCUUUUGCUCGCCCGUCGCCGUACAUCUUCCAGAUCCUCCCCCGCAUCAAGGAGCUCGGCUUGCCGUCGUUUGUGCUCGGUGUCUCGACGCCGUUUUACUCCAAGCUGGCCGAGAUUCAUUGGCAUCGCUUCGGUGACGCCAACUCGGCGCUCGACAUGUUGCUGGAGAUGAACUCUGCAGGCCUCUUUGCGAACAGGAAUGUGAAUAGCCUCAUCUCGCAGCUGCGCAAUCAGCUGCAUGCUUGCACUUGGGGUGGCCAGGGUCCGUUUGUCAUGGCCAUGAUGGAGUCUCCUCCGUAUGACGGCGCAUUGAUGCAGAAGUUG